GUGGAGAGAGACUUUGAAAGAGAAUAUGGAAAACUUCAGCAGCUGGAAGAGCAGACCAAGCGGCUGCAGAAGGACAUGAAGAAGAGCACGGAUGCCGACCUAGGUCAGGAUGGCACCAUGGCCAGCAGAAGCUUCGGGUCACUGGUGUGCCCCACCCACUUCCCAUUUCCUGAGCCACAACCUGGGCUGGUCAGAGAGAGAAGAUGGAGAUUCCUCCUCGAAGAAACAAGAGGCCUGGCUUUCCAGGGGUGGCAGGAACUGAGCUGCCAUGCUCCUCAGCAGAAACUUUGCCUCAUGUAUAGGGCCAGGAACCCCUCAGGAUGAUUGUGUCCUUUCAAAGAGCAUUACAAGGCCUGCCAUGUCAAAAUCUGCAGUGAAGAUUUCCCUGGACCUCCUCUCCAAUCCCCUGUGUGAGCAGGACCAGGACUUUCUGAACAUGGUGACAGCCCUGGACACAGCUAUGAAGCGGAUGGACGCCUUCAACCAGGAAAAGGUGAACCAGAUCCAAAAGACAGUCAUCGAACCCUUGAAAAAGUUUGGCAGUGUGUUCCCGAGUCUCAACAUGGCGGUGAAGCGCCGGGAGCAGGCGCUGCAGGACUAUCGGCGGCUGCAGGCCAAGGUGGAGAAGUACGAGGAGAAGGAAAAGACGGGGCCUGUGCUGGCCAAGCUCCACCAGGCCCGAGAAGAGCUGCGACCUGUGCGGGAGGACUUCGAGGCCAAGAACAAGCAGCUCUUGGAUGAAAUGCCACGGUUCUAUGGCAGCCGCCUUGACUACUUCCAACCCAGCUUUGAGUCCCUGAUCCGGGCACAGGUGGUGUACUACUCGGAGAUGCACAAGAUCUUCGGAGACCUGACCCAGCAACUUGAGCAGCCAGGCCACUCGGAUGAGCAGCGGGAGCGGGAAAAUGAGGCCAAGCUGAGCGAGCUCCGUGCCCUGUCCAUCGUGGCCGAUGACUAAGCUCAGCCCUCUACAGACUCCCAGGACGCAGGCAGCCUCUGCCCUCAGCAGGCACUGGCAGGCUGGAGCCCGCAGUGGCCCCUGCUGUGGCUUCAGCCCUCUGACCUGAGUGCCUUUGUUGUCUGGAGCCUGACACCAGAAGCCACCAGCAGGCUCUCUCCCUACCACAGCCUGGGGUAUAGGUAAGCAGUGUAGGAAAACCCCAGGGGCUCCUUCACUUCCAGAACCGUCCAGAGCGCACCCUGGCCCCGGCCAGAGCAGGCUGCAGCACUGCAUCAGCACAAAGGGCUUAGUUCUGCCUGCAACGGCAGGCUGCAUCUACCUCCAGGGGACAUGUCAGGAAUGUGCCCCCACUGCUGCUCUUCACCCCAACAGCAUGGUUCGCUGCUCUGGGGGACAGGGAGGUCCCAGUCCACACAGGGCCAAGCCCCGCGUCGUCUCCCAGGGUAUAUCACAUCAGUCCACAGGCCUGAGCCAACAUGGUGGGUUCGCAUCACACCUGAAUAUGUACUGGAAUUUUAUUUUUGCAAGUAAAGUUUCCAAUAAAAUAUCUCCUAGUGUGAUACUGUAA